GCACAGCGCCGCACAUCGACGGAAUAGAGCGAGACCGGACGUGAGAGAGAACGAGGCAGACUCGUUCGCGUUCCGCCGAGGUGGUGCAGUUUUCCAGUGUCGCGUAGAGUGUAGUGUUUUUCUUCCUUUCCCACGUUUCCGAGCAUCGAGUGUUGUGUGCAUCACGGUGAGGCAAAGCAGACCCAUCCCCCAUGAUCGAGGAGUGCAUUUAGUGCAAGGACUGAACACACCUGGGAGCGAUUGAAAAGCACGUCCCAAGACCCCUCCAACUAAAAUCACUCGCCUAACCUUUCCCCUGCCCACCUUAUCCUGCCUCUUAUCCUUCCCCUCUCCCUGUAAAUCUCAAGAAGAGCUUUCGUUUGGAUCACAGGACCCGUGACUUCAUUAUGGACAGUAUGGAUUCGAAACCAGUUUUGAACGAUGACCCCUCGGUCACUCUGACCAUCCGCCUGAUUAUGCAGGGCAAGGAGGUUGGAAGCAUCAUUGGGAAGAAAGGAGAGAUCGUCAAGAGGUUCCGCGAAGAGUCCGGCGCGAAGAUCAACAUCUCCGACGGUUCAUGCCCGGAGCGAAUAGUGACAGUGACCGGACCGACGAACUCAAUCUUCAAAGCGUUCACGCUGAUCUGCAAAAAAUUCGAGGAGUGGUGUUCCCAGUUCCACGACAUCCAGGGAAGCGGCGGUGUACCCAGGCCACCCAUCACUCUCAGGUUGAUCGUCCCAGCAUCGCAGUGCGGCUCUCUGAUCGGCAAAGGUGGCUCGAAGAUCAAGGAGAUCCGCGAGGUGACCGGUGCCUCGAUCCAGGUCGCCUCUGACAUGCUGCCUAAUUCGACAGAACGCGCAGUCACCAUAUCCGGUACCAGCGAGGCCAUUACACAAUGCAUAUAUCACAUCUGUUGUGUUAUGCUAGAGUCCCCUCCCAAAGGCGCCACGAUCCCUUAUCGCCCCAAACCCCAAGUUGGUGGGCCAGUGAUCCUGGCUGGUGGGCAAGCCUACACCAUCCAGGGUAAUUACGCGGUGCCCGCCCACUCGGACGUAAGUACAGUAUUGCCAUUGCCCGCGCCCGCUGCCGGGCCCACCCCGCCCUCGCUGAACACCCAAACUUUGACGACUUCGCCCUUCGCGGCCCACCCUUCCUCCUCGGCCUUCGCCGCUUCUCACGGGCAUCCGCUCCUAUCCACGGCCCACCUUACAACCCCACAUCAUCCUCUCCACCCGAGCCCCUUACACGCCAGCGUGGCAGGCCUCGCCGACCCCCUGCUGAAGAGUGGACACUUGCAGGCAGCCCUCCCGCCCGCACACCUCGUGGCAGACGCCAUGGGCAAGCUUGGUAGCAAUCCAUUGGCCGGACUCGCGGCUCUUGGCCUCGGAGGCCUUGCCACACCUGCCAAUACAGGUGGAUUGAAUCCAGCAGCAUUAGCGGCACUGGCUGGUAGUCAGCUACGUACUAGCAACACGAACAGGCAACAGCCAGCGGCGAACAAUCAGACGCACGAGAUGACCGUGCCAAACGAGCUGAUCGGCUGCAUCAUCGGCAAGGGUGGUACCAAGAUCGCUGAGAUCCGUCAGAUCUCCGGCGCUAUGAUCAGAAUCAGCAACUGCGAGGAGAGGGAGGGUGGCGCCACGGAUCGUACGAUCACCAUCACCGGAAAUCCGGACGCUGUGGCACUGGCACAGUAUCUCAUCAGCAUGAGUGUUGAACUGCAGAAAGCUAACCUAGAGGCCCAAAAUACCCAAACCCCUGGCAGCGGUACCACUCCCGGGGCAUCCGGGGCCAGUGCUUCUCCCUCUACUACCACUACCACUGCCUCUCCCUUGGCCAGCGCCAUUCCUUUGGCUCAGCUGCUAAGCAAGCCAGGCGCCCUCAACGCCCUAUCUAGCCUCACCGCCCUCGGCGGACUCACGGAAUUGCUAGGUGGCGCUGCUGGUGCGGCUGCAUCCGCUCUUCCGGUCCAGACAACCGGCGUUCACCGGUCGCACAAGUUCACGCCGAGGCUACGUAGCCCUGGCGCACCCGGGCCCACCGAGAGCGGCAAAUUCAAAUCCGAGCGCACCAAGUACAACCCGUACUGAGCCACCGACCACGAAGAAACGAAGGAGAGACGCGAGAUCAGGGAGAUCGUUACACGUACACGCAUUACUCAUCACAAUGACCAUUACAGCCAAUGCCACGAUUUCCACCAAUACCACAACCACCACUAUCAUACACACACGGAACACGAGAUUUACAUCGGAGAAAAGUGCGUACGGACGCCAGGGUAGCGCGAGUCCUGAUCAAGACUUGGCUAAGGAUCGGACCAACACGAUAGUUUCAGAACGGACUACCAGCGAUCAUAGCGAUGAUGAUGCGUGAUGCAUAGGGUAAGACGCGCGACGACCGUGCCACUUGCGUCCUACAAUUGCUGGUCGCGGCAUCGACCUUCGUGUUUUUCUGUCGUUUUUUUUCUUUUUUUUUUUUAUAUAUAUAUAUACAUAGUCUUCUUCUUCUUUUCUUUUUCUUUUUCCUUCCUCUUUUUUUUUUUUUUUUUUUUUUUUUGUAUA